ACAGAGAGAAAAUAACAAGAGCGGUGCGGAGAGGGUCGGUGCACGGGCCGUCCAUGUGCUGAUACCAUUAAUGGUCAUGCUGACAAACAAGAAAAACACCGAAAGGGGCUAAAAAACAAGCACCACAGCCUUGGUGAGGCAGCCUUUCAAGGCUACAACAACAGCGUUACCCCCUUCCCUCCUACAUGAACACACUCACAAACCUAAAAACCUUUUGGAGGACAGGUUCAUUUCAGCUCUUACAUCAGUACCCUUUGUUCAGACCAACAAAAUGAAUGAUGAAAAAGACUAAUCAUCUCCUAAAAGGCCUCUAAACAGGAAGGUUGUCUCUGCAGCUGGCAGCAAAGGAAGAAGCAAAGUAAAGCUUUCUCUUGUGAAUAAACAGGAGACGCAGACACAGUCACACGACUGGAGACCGUGACUGAGCUGGAGCAGGAGACAGGACACACGGAAACUUUUCUUCUUUUUUUUCUGAUGCAUUACUCAAGGGGAGAAAGUCCCACAGUAUCAGCUGAGAACUUCACCACCACCAUCACCAUCACCAGUUCAUGUCCUCAUGAACGUCUGCGGUUCAUUGCUUGUUAUUGCACUGGAGCGCACUCGAUGCAGUGUUAAAUUUGGAUUCUUUUUGAGUCUUUUGACUAACACACUCAUUAGUUUCAGUCAGUGAUAGUUUAGCAGCUGCUUUGAUUUUGUUAUUUUGUUAUUCUGUAAUGUGAGCCUGAGGCUUUUCGUUUGACAAAAAAAAACAGAAAACAUUUGAGCGAAGGAUCAAAUGUUUUCUUGAAGAAAGAUCUUUUCCUCACAAUACAUCCAUUUAUUGACAAAAGUAAAACCAGCUCUACAUGACUUCAUAUACAGUAGCUAAACAACUUCCCCAGUGUUAAUGUCAUAGUAUUUUUUACUUUAUAUACGUUUUUUUUCUUACUUUCUGGUUUUCGUUGACAAACACUGAGAAGAAAGUCACAGAAAUUUCAAGUUACAUGAGUGAGGCUGAAUCUUGAGCAUGGACCCAGUGAAGUGAGGAUGAGACAAUAAAAUCAACUGGUUCCCAGACAUCCUGUGAACUUCAGAGGACAAGAGGACAUUGGUGUCCAGUCACUUAUCAUUUUUAACGAGCUGUUUAAUCAGAAUGAUGAACACGACCUCAGUGGCCCACUCUGACUGCCCCGAAGUCAAAAUCCCUGCCAGUCUCUUCACCACCAUCGGAUUAAUCAGCCUGGCUGAGAACUUCCUGGUGGUCUUGGCUGUCAUACGGAACAGAAACCUUCACUCUCCCAUGUACUGCUUCAUCUGCAGUCUGGCAGCCUUCAACACCAUUGCCAGCGUCACCAAAACCUGCGAGACUAUCAUGAUUGCAAUUGCCGACGGGGGCACGCUGGAGAAGAAGGGUUCCUCUGAGACCAAGCUGGACGACAUCAUAGACUCCCUGCUGUGCAUGUCCUUUGUUGGCUCCAUCUCCAGUUUCCUGGCCAUUGCUGUGGACCGUUACAUCACCAUCUUCCACGCACUGCGGUAUCACAACAUCGUGACAAUGAGGCGCACCAGGGCCAUCUUGGCUGUCAUCUGGACAACAUGCGGGGUGUCAGCUGUGCUCAUGGUGAGGUUCUUUGAUUCCAAGUUCAUCAUGAUCUGCUUUGUCAUCUUCUUCGUCCUCUCCUUGGCGAUUAUCUGCUUUCUCUACGCCUUCAUGUUCAUGCUGGCUCGCAUCCACGCCCGCAAGAUCGCAGCUUUGCCCACAACUGCCGGGUUGAAGUGUCGUUGGCGGGGGCGCAGCAUGAGAGGGGCUCUGACUCUCACCAUCCUGGUUGGGACGUUCAUGGUGUGUUGGGCCCCGUUUUUCCUCCACCUCAUCAUCAUCAUGGUGUGCCCCACAAACCCAUACUGUGAGUGUUACCGAUCGCUGUUCCAGCUGCACAUGGUGCUGAUGAUGUGCCACGCCCUGAUCGACCCGGCCAUCUACGCCUUCCGCAGUGCAGAGCUCAGACAAACCUUCAGGAGGAUGCUGCUCUGUUCAUACUGGAUGCAGUGCUCAUAGACUGCAGCCCAAACCACAUUUGUAAGCAUAUCUGAUCAGAAUCUUAUAUAUUGAUAUAUAGUGAUCAGAUCUGAUCUGCGUGUGUCCAUAUUGACAGUGUCUAGUCUAAUCUAUUUGUAUAUUUACAGGCCACACCCCAGUAAAACAAGUUAGUCUUACCUUCACUCACUCACUCACUCACUCACCUUCUUUCACAUGAGGGUCCCAGCUGACAUAGGGCGAAAGGUGGGGUACACCCUGGACAGGUCGCCAGUCCAUCACAGGGCCACACAGAGACAAACAACCCGCCACUCGCACGUGCCGUCAGUUUAGUGCCCAAUUUGCCUAAUCCCCCGGAGAUGCAUGCAAACUCCAUGCAGAAAGGCCCUUGGAUGACACAAAUCUGUGCCUGUCCUAAAUGGUUUUUUUUACACUGUUGUCCUCCACUGUGUCAAUCAUCUAACCCGCCUCCAAUUCACAUCCGUCUCUCCAGAUCUGCGUCAUUAUUGGAGUCACACUACGAAUGAUGCAGAGGACACUUUGAAAUCCAUCUGAGCGACUUUCAGAUUGAAACUGAUCUGUACAAAAUCCGAUCAGAAUCGCAUUCGAAACCACCUCCGUACGAUGGAUCUCAUGUUUUUUAAGCUGUUCAAACUGCCAAAAAAUAAA